AUGAUCACUCAAUUACUGCGCACAACAUUACCUCAGAGGUUAAGUGUACGAUGGAACUGUCCCUGGCAUCGCAACAGCUUCCGCCCUUGUUUCUUCCCAUUCAAGCUGAGAGAAAAACUUAAUGUGGACACAAUAGAAGCCAGGAAGAAAACACGAGGAGGACGACUGAUGCUCAUGCGGCGUGUGCUAAGAGAGCAGCCCUUUCUGGGAUACGUGACAAAACCGCCGAAAUCCACGAAAAUUUCAUUUCCUUUGUAA